AUGAGCAUUUGCGUAGCAACGCUGCUUUAUUCCAUUGACUAUCUACCAGGCGUUUUUAGUCUCGGGUAUCAGCUUCGAGGUGCGCCCCGCGAUUGUGCUAAAUGUAUAUUGGUCGAUAAAGGGCUUGUUCGAGCCAAUGUAUUGAGCGAACAAGACGAGAAAACAUUAAAGGCACUCUUUGACACAAUCAUAUACGUUGACAGUACUGAAAUUGAUGUUCAACUUUUGCGCCAAAAUGCAAACAAUUUGUCCCUACUAGGGAGGCCCGAGUUGAGUCUGACGUUUCUCAAAAUCGAACUUUGGCAAUUGGUGCAAUAUCGGCGCAUUAUUUUCCUUGAUAGUGACGUUCUAGUGGUAAGAAAGGAGUUCUGGAAUAUCCUUGACGCUCUAGAGUCUCAAAAAGAGUCUGAAAUCGGCGCUGCACCGGAUUGCGGUUGGCCUGAUUUGUUCAAUUCCGGUGUAUUGGCUAUCGUGCCGAAUAGAAACGAUUACGAGCAGCUGCUCGAGCUUUUAGCCGGUCAAACAUCGCUUGACGGCGCAGAUCAGGGUAUUUUGAACCAGUAUUUCAACGCGGCUUGUGGAUUUGCGGGCGAGACCUCGUCGCGGCGGGCCUGGAACAGGCUUCCGUUUGUUUACAACGUUACAAUCCCAAACAGUGGCUAUGAAUGGGCCCCGGCACUCGCGUAUUUCCGGGACCAAAUCAAUUUGGUUCAUUUCAUUGGAAAGAAAAAGCCCUGGAUUUCCAGAAACGGCGGCAGGUACGCAGACCAGUGGUGGCAGAAUUACAAUUCGUUUUUGGCAGAAUUUUACCCGGGGGACUCAGGCACUGCAAAGGCUAUUUCAAAAGCGCUCGACCACGAAAAGGAGAGGACGGUGACUAAUUCUCAGAGCUCGCAACUGGACGACCCUCUGAGUUCCGAUUUGACAGAAAUGACCAUUGAGGAAGCCCCGAAGCCAGAAAUGAAUUGGGAGCCCACUUGGGAUGCAACCAUCGAGCCCCCUCCACCUGACGGGAAACCGGAAGCCGCAGAGCUUCUUAUCGAAGAAAAUUAUUCCUGGAGUGAAAAUACAGAGAUCGCAUUGCCUGAUUUGCCCUCGAUGCCAAAUACUCCUGAAAUCAAGCCCGUAUUCGAAUGGGAAUUAGUGCAUAACCCAGAUGAGGUAGAGCGUGUUUUCCCAGGCUGA